ACAUAGAGGGAUACACGACACGUGGUGACACUGACUACCAGGCAGAUAGGUUAACACAAAGUAAUAACUAACCCAACGCCCAAGGUGCUGAAUUUCUGCAAGCACAUUCUUGGCAAGAAAUGAAAGGCGCGAAGGAUUGAAGUUCUGCUUCCCGGACUGACUUGGUGGGUAACCUUUCGCUGGAACCGCCAAGGUUGCUGGCAGUGGCGACUGAAGCAAUGAAUUACACCUUUUUUUAGUUGCUCUACUUCCUUCAAUGUUAGCAGCAGAACUUGGUGCUGAGUUAAAAAUAAGAGCGUUUUCGCAGUGGGGGCAUGCGAUGUGUGUUUCUCACCAUUAACCCCCUCGGGCUUCCCAGUAUCAGUGGUUCUUUUCGUCACCGCCAGCAGAGCCGCGCCAUCGCGCCGUUUCCCGUUGCAACAUUGCAGUGAUCCAGCGGGCUUCAAGAAGGAAGUUAACUUAAUGCUCGGUGGUUAAAAAAGACAGGUUUAAUUAGAGCACAUUGGAUUUAUGGAGAACGCGUAACAGGGCAAAAAAAAACCCUACAAUCACCACCCCCUGCCACCCACACUCACAUUCCUGAAUCCUCCUACCGCCGGAAAGAGACACAACUCCCUCCCGCCCUCCUCUCACUGAGUGUCAGGCGCCGGGAGAGGGAGAGACGCACUCGGCUCUGCAACGCCAGCGGCAUCGGCAUCGGCAUCAUGGCUACUUCCCAGCACAACGCCGAUACCGGACUGGAAAUUAAAACCCGGUCCGUGGAGCAGACGCUCAUCCCCCUGGUCACCCAGAUUACAACACUUAUCAACCAUAAAGAAAAACCAAAGAAAUCUGAGAAAACUUGGCGUGCAAUUCAACGAGUUGGGCAAGCAGUGAGUCUGGCUGUUGGAAGAUUUGUCAAUGUCGGGGAAGCCAUUGCGUGUGAAAAUGAAGAGUUAAAAGAAGAAAUGUACUUUGCCUGUCAGGAGGCACGGCGGGCAGGAGAGAGCAUUGCACAGUUGACUGACGUGGGCUCAUUUGACCAGCCAGAAUCAGAUGAAAGGGCAACAGUUUAUACAGAUAAAACUGGAAUGAUAAAAGCUGCACGAUUACUGCUGUCUUCUGUCACUAAAGUACUGGUGCUAGCAGACAAGGUAGUCAUAAAGCAAAUUAUUAACUCCAGAAGCAAGGUCCUUGCAACUUUGGAACAUCUGGAAAAAGUGAGCAGCUUUCAGGAGUUUGUACAGAUCUUCAGUCAAUUUGGAAAUGAGAUGGUAGAGUUUGCCCAUUUGACGGGAGACAGACAAAAUGAUCUGAAGGAUGAAAAGAAGAAAGCGAGGAUGGCGGCUGCCAGGGCAGUACUAGAAAAGUGUACAAUGAUGCUUCUCACUGCCUCAAAGACUUGUCUUCGGCAUCCAGAUUGUGAAUCAGCACGAAUAAACAAGGGAGGUGUCUUUCAUCGUAUGAGGUUGGCCUUAGACCAGGUGAUAGAAAUUGUCACAGAUUCAAGACCAAAUGGUGAAAAUGAAAUCCAUCCCACAAGUAUCUACGCUGACAUCAAGGAAUUUAAAAUGAAGGUUGAAAGUUUACGAGACAAUUUACAUGGAAUUGCUAAGGAAAACCUCACAGCGAUGCUUGAACUAAUCCUGGAACAUACAGAGGACUUCACAGAUUCUGCAUAUACAAGCCACGAACAUCGAGAACAUAUACUGGAACUAUGCAGGCAGGCCCGAGUGGAGCUGGAGCAGCUGGUUGCAGUGUGGAAACAAGCACAAUGUCUGAAAGCCAAAGAAGCUACAGAAGAAAUGGAGCUGGCCAUUAUUAAGACAAGACAGUGUAUGAGUGAACUGAGGAGAGAGCUUCAAAAUACAGCUUUGGAGUCAGCAGGAGAGCUUCUGAAAUGUUACACAGAGCACGUUGUCCUCAAAGAACUGAAGGCCUCUGGGGUUGAAGGAAAUUUGGAGGCGCUGGCUGAAAGUACCAGCAAACUGUCUGAGCAAAAGGAACAGCUCUCUGAGACUUCUCGAUUGCUGCGACACAUUUCAGGAAAUGAACCCUUGGAAAUUACUUGUUUACAUGCAGAAGAAACGUUUCAGGUCAUUGGUCCACAGAUCAUUUCAGCUGCACAGACCUUGGCUCUUCACCCUUCUAGUAAGAUUGCCAGGGAGAAUCUAGAAGUCUUUUGUGAGGCCUGGGAGUCACAACUGAAUGAUAUGUCCAUCCUGCUGAAAGAAAUCAAUGAUGUGUUUGAAGGCCGUAGAGGAGAGAAGCGUGCAUACCUUUCACUACCUAGACCAGGGAAGCACACGGCAAAUCUGAAGGUAGUUAAAGCAGUCAAACUAGAUGCUGAGGAGCAGGCAAAGAUAGCAAAAUUAGGGUUGGAACUGCGUUUGCACACAUCAGACGUAGAUGCAGAAACGGAAAGAUGGGAGGACCAAGAAAAUGAGAUUCUUCGGCAGGCUCAGAGUAUGUCCAGUAUGGCAUAUUCCAUGUAUCUUUUCACAAGAGGAGAAGGCCUUUUGAAAACCACACAGGAUUUGUUUCACCAAGCUGAAAUAUUUGCUGAAGAAGGGCUCAGAUUGCACUCAUCUCUUCAUGCAUUCUCAAAUCAGUUGGAGGAGGAUGAAAAAUCAUCUUUGUUGAUGGAAGCUGAGAGAUUACCUACCUUGUGCCAGCAACUGCAAAUGACCUGCAGAACUCCAGUUCAUGGCAAAGCUGCCACUUUUACUAAGGUUGACACUUCCAUUCAGGAGACUAUAAACAUGAUGACUGUGUUGAUGAAGGUUCUUUCACUUUGUUACAAACUGUUAAAAAAGUAUAAAGUAGAUCAUACAUUUCUGGGCACAUCCCACAGCUGGAGAGGUAACCAAAUGCAGACGGUUGCAAAUGGCGAGAGCUUAGAGGCAAAGAACACAGAUACAUUUGGAGUGAAAUCUCUGGAAAGGCACAUGGCAAAUUUGACAUACUUAGAGAGCAAAUAAAGGGGGAAGUUCUAGAGUAGUUGCAACACAAAUACAUUGUCAGAUGUACUGUAAAGUCUGUUAGUUCAUAGUAGACAGUAAUUAAUGUCUGACAUUUAUAGUACUUAAAUAUAAAUAGCAGCAAUGUGCCCACGAUUUGAAUGUUUAAGAUCUACAACAAUUGUUUUCCCCUCAACUCUACUAAUUUAAAUAAUAUUAAUAGGUAAUUUGGUUAGUUAUCUCCUCUGAAAUGUAUUAAUGCUGGGUUUUUGUUUUAGCCUGCUAAUGUCUAAACCUUUUCUGUGAAUGUCUUACUGAUGUGAUUAAUCCUUUGAUGCUGCUAGGCUCAUAAAUGUGCAAAAACCAAAUUGGAUACAACAGCAUAUGUUACUGUUGUGUAAGGUAAUUAAACCAAAUUAUAAUAUUUGCAGGCAGGUUAUUGCGGUAUACUUUCAUUUGGGUACGUUGAAAUAAAACAGGUUUUUACCACUGUUGUUUCUGCUGCUGCUAAAUGUAGAUUUCCUGGGAAGAUCCCGUGUACUUCCUAGUAAAACUUGCCCAAACAUAAUUGGAUUGUCCAAAUUUUCUUAGUUUCCAAUCUCAUUUGUUUCCUCUCCCUCCCCCAUCAAAAUAAUGCUUUUCAUAAUGCUUGAUAAGUUAAAAUCUACUUGUACGUCAAACAGAUCACAAGUUUUAAUCAUAGCUUUUUCUUCUUCCCUUUGAAUCUCCUCUUCCCACAUGAACUCUGUAUCUAAUUUCACUUUUUCUAGUGAUGUUGUUACUGCGGUGCAGUGGGGUUAGAAUGUGAUGUAUGCAUUGCUGGAAAUAUUUAGUAAAGUACUUGGACUGAAUUUGUAUUACCUGUAAAGGCAGUUUUUUAAACAUUUCUCUAACAAUUAACAUGAAAAAUUAUAUUUUUUAAAAUAAAAUUCUAAUUCAUUAAUCAUCAUUAUUCUGCGUAUUGUUUAAUGAUCUUCACAUGCAGAUGUGUCAUGUAAUAGAUUUUUUAAAAAUCUGUUUCUAUCUCGUGUCAUGACCACCAAUAAGCUUUAUGCUUCACUUAGUGAUUAUAUAUUUAUCUCAACCUUGAAAUACUAAAUAAUUUCUUUUAGAUUUACAGUACUGAUAUUUUCAGAAUGUCACAAUUGUUCCAAUUUUACUGUAGUCAUAGUAAAGCAGCUUACAUGAAAAAUAGUUAUAUUUGAUCUUCCUUGCCUAUUGUAACUUGUACUAGAGCUUAUCCCUCACUCCAGGUGCUGCCUGAGCGGGUGAUUAUUUUCAGCAACUUCGGUUUUCAAAAACUAGAAUUAUAUCAGCUGCAAAAUGUUUUAAGGUUACUCAAUGCAAUUUAAGUUACAGUUUGACACAUGGAAUAGUCAUCAUAAAAAUGCAUCUCCUUUGUCAGUGAAAACUUUCAGCUCUCUAUGCACACCAAAAUUACUUGUUCACACUAGUACCAAGAAGUUGAGGAAUUGUUACCAGCUUCCCUUAAUCCUACUGAAUAAAUGACUCGAGAAGAGUUUUUUGGAAGUUUUGGAUUUUAAUGCUUGCCCAUCAACCAAUCUACAGCCACCUGAGGACCCACCAAUAGACAACCACUUAGUAGAAUGUCUUACUCAAGUAAUCACAGUACUAUUCAUCAACCUUUAAAUUAGCAACUGUUUGAAAAAGAAAUACCAAACCUUUCAUGAAAUUUUUGCCAGUUUUUAUUGCUGUUAUUCCACUUUACAUUUUAAAAAAUAUUAUUCAGCAUUAAUCACAUCCUAAUGCAAAGACAAUUAGUUUCUCAUGAAGUAAAAAAUAAUUUUGACCAACCAGCAAUUCCUAUUUUUUGAUAUCCCAAUCUCCAUCAGGAACAUUAGAGACCAACACUAAAAAAAGAGUAUUUAAAAUGAAUUUUAUUUCUACAUUGUAUUGUUCAGAUGCUCUGAUAAAUAAUGAAGAUGUUGACCUGUUAUUUCUCCAAAUUGUAUAAUUUCUGUGUAAUGAAUACAACAGUAAAACAGGAACUCAAAUUAACUGGGAUUCUACAUUAGCUACUUGUGUCCAUUCAUUAAUCUGAGUAAAUAUUAUAGAUUUCAUCCUACUAACAAAAUCCUGCACUGUUGUAAUGAAGAUCCAUGUUUGCUUGAGGAACAGCACUUUAUCUUCCAUCUUGGCAUACAAUAGCCUUUCAGUCUUAAUGUUCGAUUCAGCAACCUCAGGUAACUUUAUUUCUCUGUUUCUAUCAGUCUGUGAUAUCCAUACCUGUUGUAACUUGUACCAGAACUUAUCCCUCACUCCACAGGUGCUGCAUGAACUGGCGAUUAUUUACACCAUUUUCCAUUUUUAAAAACUAGAAUUACAUCAGCUACAAACUAGCUACUCCAACUAGCUACGAGUACAGAACCAGGAUACCUUCCGAGUCUUCCGAGAAGGAGGGAGGGUGGAAGACCCAACAGGACGGACCAAAUAGAAACAACACAGCUUUUACAGUGGACUUUGACCGGACCAACCCUGACACAGCCAAGAUGCCGCUGUGGCAAACUCUGUAAGAAUCUCAGGGGACCCAAGAUCCACCAAGCGUAGGACUGGUGAGACGGUGGAGGACCACAGUCAGGAAUAAACCCAAUAAACUGGCCCCCAAUGAACAGUGGUGAGUGGGAGAAAUUCGAUGAGGACAUGGACAGGCUUCUUGAGAUGAUACUCAUAAGACCUGUGGAGAAGAAGCUUCAGAAUAUGUGCAGAUUGGUGUACUCCAUCAAAGAAGACCGAUUUGGUGUAGUGGAGAAGAGCCAGCCUAGCAGACAAGAGAGGGAGAUAACCAACAUAAGAAGGGAAAUUAGUACACUCUCCAACAGGUACAGAAGAAGCAGUGUGGAAGAGAGAGAAGGACUGAGGCAGUUGAAACAAGACCUGAGAAGGAGGCUUAAAGAACUUAGGAAUGUGGAAAAUAUAAGGAAGAACAAACAUGAAAAGAAUAGGAAAAGGGCUCUUUUCAUCAGAAAGUCUUAUAGUUUUUCUGCAAGUGUGUUAGAAGGGGAAAGAUCAGGCAAACUAGGAAAACCAAGAGAGUAAGUGGAGGCAUACCAGCAGAAAACACACUCAGAUGAAAGACGAGACCUGCCGCUGGGGAAAACAGCAGGAUUGAGCCAGUGCAACAGUGCCAGAAACACUAGACGAGAAAGAGCCAACACUGAAAGAAGUAAGACAAGCCAUCAAGAAGGUGAGGGCAGGUUCAGCACCCGGCCCAAUGGGAUCACAUAUAAAGUCUACAAGAAGUGCCCAAAGCUUCUGCAGAGGAUGUGGAGGCUGAUGAGAGUCAUCUGGAGGAAGGGCCAGAUAUCACCUUGCUGGCAAGUGGCUGAAGGAUGUUUUGUGCCAAAAGAGAAAAACUCAACUGAGAUCAAGUAGUUCAGAAACAUUUCCCUCCUCAACAUCACAGGAAAAAAACUUGUUCACUGUUCUAGCAAGAAGGAUGACAUCAUACAUGGAAGAAAACCAAUACAAAGAUAUGGCAGUGCAAAAGGGAAGGAUUCCUGGAUUCCCAGGAUGUGUGGAACACACAAGUGUUGUAUCCCAGGAGGCCAAGGCAACCAAAGGGAACCUGAUGGUUGUGUGAUUGGAUUUAGCCAAUGUCUAUGGUACAGUGCCGCACGAGUUCAUCGAGGCAGUACUGAAACACUACCAUAUCCCGGUCACCAAGAUCCUGGCAAGCUAUUUCCAGGGGAUUCAACUAAGGUUCAGCGUGCAGGACUAUGUAACAUCAUGGCAGCGAAUAGAGAAGGGCAUUGUGACUGGCUGCACUAUAUCCGUAGUCCUCUUCGUCAUGGCCAUGAAUCUACUUAUAGAGGCUGGGAAAAGAGAGACCAGAGGGCCAAAGACAAGCACCAAUAUCAGACUGCUGCCAAGCAAAGGAUUUAUGGAUGCCCUUACAAUUACAACUACAACACAUAUCCAGGCCAGAUGGGUACUCCAGGCAGUGGACGAAACAGCCACAUGGGCAUGAAUGAAAUUUAAACCCGCCAAAUCAAGGUAUUUGGUGAUUAGAAAGGCCAGCUUACCCAGAAGUUCACCUUGAAGAUCCAGGAUGAAGAAUUCCUGUCUAUUAUAGGAAACCCCAUCAAGUGCCUAGGGAAAUGGUAUGAUGACAAACUGAAGGAUGUCAACAUCAUCAGACGUCUGGAGCAACAAACAACAGAAAGGCUGGUAAAGAUCGGCAAAUCAGGUUUACCAGGAAAGUUCAAGGCAUGGAUCUUCCAACAUGGGCUCCUAACCAGACUAACGUGGCCAAUGAUGCUGUAUGACAUCUCCCUGACAAUGAUCGAGGGCAUGGAGAGAAAGACUAACCGGUACCUGAGAAAGUGGUUAGGAGUAUCGCAGUGCUUCUCUUCAACAGGGCUCUACAGCAAGACAGCCAAGCUCCAGCUGCCCCUCUCCUCAGUUGUAGAGGAAUUUAAGGCAGGGAAAGCAUGCCUCAUCAUGACCCUCAAAGACGACAAGGUCAGUGAAGCAGGACUCAAGAUUCAGACAGGGAGCAAAUGGAAGGCGGCAGAGGCAGUAGAAGCAGCAGAGUCCCGACUUCGCCACAGAGACAUUGUCGGAAUAGUGUGUAAGGGCAGACUAGGCCUGGGAUGUGGGUCAACAACCCUAAGGAAAGACUGCACUUGGUCAAACAGGAGAUAAGGAAGAAAGGAGGCUAGAUAUGUGCGAGCAGUGGAGAUGGGGAGUCAAGUGACCUGGACAAAGUGGGAAACAGAACAGAGAGUGUUGACAUGGGAUGACAUAUGGAAAUAUACAUCUUUGCAACUCCAGUUCUUACUGAGGGCUAUGUACUACCAACUCCUACAAACCUGCGGAACUGGGGAGUAACAGAAAACCCAACGUGCCCUCUGAGCCAGAAACCAUCCAACCUAGAGCAUAUUCUUUCUUCAUGCCAGGUUGCCCUUUCCCAAGGACGGUACAGAUGGAGACAUGACCAGGUUUUGAGAGCAGUCGCCUACACCAGAGAGGAAGAAGGACCACAAAAAGGACAGCCACCCAAACUUCGACAGGACCAGGGAACGUGCUGCAGCAACAAGCAAGCGUAGAGACAGUAUACUGAACAUGGCAAAGGACUGGGAGAUGAAGAUCGAUCUUAAAAAGAAACUGGUGUUUCCACCAAUAGUAGAGACCACACUUUGACUAGACGUUCUACUAUUGUCAGAGAGUGCGAAGAAGCUCAUGAUGAUAGAGCUAACAGUACCAUGGGAGACCCGAUGUCAAAAAGGCCCAUUAGAGAAACUUAUGAGGUAUGAAGACCUGGUGGUGGACUGCAGACAGCAUGGCUGGCAGACGUGGAACUUCACUGUUGAAGUGGGGGCAAGAGGAUUUUCCACCAUGUCAUGCUGGAAGAUGAUGGCAGCUUUAGUGAUACAAGGGAGAACCAGGAAGAGAGCCAUUAACACCAUGGCCCAUGCAGCAGAGAGAGCGUCCAGUUGGCUUUGGCUGCGAAGGGACGAUACUAGCUGGAAGUCUGACUGUCGGGGGUAGAAGACUGAUCACCUUCUGCUGUCCUGCCAUCCCGAGGAUGUUCUGGGUUAGGGGAUGAAACGUCUGGAGACAGGUGGACCCGGCUGAUGACUCGAUGGUCCAGCAGCAGAAACAUCACAGUUGUUUAAGGUAAUUUUAAGGAUACAACAGAAAGACCUGAUUAUUCAAUCCAAUUUAAGUUACAGUUAGAUACAUGGAAUAGUCAUACAAAUGCAUCUCCUUUGUCAGGGAAGACUGUUUCUCUGCUUCUAUUAGUCUGUGAUAUCGGGUCAGCUUUUCUUCCUUUGAAUAUGGAGGACGUGCUCUGCCUGACCUUCAGGACAGAUCUUCCAGCUCUGCGUUUCACAAAGUUUAACAUUCUUAACUGCUCUCAUUCACUUACUGACUAGCUUACACGUUUAUAGCUUAUCCCCCAUGGUCAAAGACCAUGGUAAUUGUGAAGGAGGAGACACAAUAUUAAUUGUGUAUAAAAUGUUCCUGCAUGUUUGCAGGUGGAUUAACCAUAUAUAUGUACAAUACUGUCAUAUUUUGAGACAUAAGGGUUAAGUAUGCCUUUGGUUUGUCUUCAGGACCAGGCUGACGGGUGUAGCUCCAUGUUGUUCCUCCCCACUAGCUCUGUAGGUACUUUGCCCAGGCAUGGUUGGGGUUAAGAAUAUUGGUGGCCCUGGCAAAUGAUUUGUAAUCUGUUCCUAUUGGCCUCAAACAGAUGGCAUUGGCUUUUGUAUGAAGCCAUUCCACUUGUUGUUUUGUAAACAAUAUCAGAAAAUCAUUAAAGUUAAUAUGGGACUGGAGUGGAUGUGUAGACUGGGCAAAGAGGACAGGGGCUUCUCAAAUGUCAUCAGUGAACUUAGCUGUUGCUCAUGUGGUUCCAUUGGAAAGUAUUCUUAGAGAUGGUGUGUGUACACGCACACACACGCACACACUAAAAUGGAUUCAACAGUGGCUGGUUGGGAGAUGCCAGAGAGUAGUGGUGGAUAACUGUUUGUCAGGUUGAAGGCCAGUGACUAACGGUGUGCCUUAGGGAUCUGUACUGGGUCCAAUGUUGUUUGUCAUAUACAUUAAUGAUCUGGAUGAUGGGGUGGUUAAUUGGAUUAGUAAGUAUGCAGAUGACACUAAGAUAGGUGGCAUUGUGGAUAAUGAAGUAGCUUGCAGAGAGAUUUACGCCAGUUAGAAGAGUGGGCUGAGCGAUGGCAGAUGGAGUUUAAUGCUGAUUAAGUUUGAGGUGCUACAUUUUGGUAGGACUAAUCCAAAUAGGACAUACAUGGAAAAUGGUAGGGCAUUGAAGAAUGCAGUAGAACACAGUGAUCUAGGAAUAAUGGUGAUG